CCCGUCACAGGCGCACGCCGCACGCUGAAGCAGCACGAAGUGGAAGCUGCCUCCUCACAACACUCCCGACCCCGGGUCCUGUGCGGCAGCAGCAUGGCCUCAGAGGAAGACGACGGCGCGCUGCUCUUCCUCAUCUUCCAGCACCUGAAGGUCAACGGCUACCUGAAGGCCGCCAAGGUGCUGCAGGAGCACGUCGCCCAGGUGGAGACUCCGAAGGAGGCCUCCAACCUUCACGACAUCUACACCAGCUGGAUCAAGCUUUGCUCUCUGGCUCAACUUGCCAAGCAGGAGGCGGAGGACUUAUCUACCGUGAAGAAGAAGAGCAUCAAACCAGAACCGGCUACCAGCGAAGAAGAAGAAGAAGAAGAAGGAGGAGUCGCCGCUGCCGACACUAAACCUGUCGUCACGGAGGAAAACGACGUGGACGCUAAGCCCCCCCCGGAUGACGCAGAGACGACCUCUGAGCAGCUGCUGCCUCCGGCAGCUGGAACCAGAACGACCAGUGAGGAAGAGGAGGAGGAAGAGGAGGAAACAAAGCAAGAGUCGGCUCUCGAUGGAGCGGCGUCUAACCGGGCCGACGGUUCCGGCUCGGAGGAAGCGGUCGAGCCCGGACCAGCUGCCUCUGGUGAGGCCGAGGAGGGGCCCGUGACCCCCGACCCCUCCAGCCCGGAGCGCGAGGAGGGCGAGCCGACGCAGGACGCAGAGGACACGUCUGCAUGUGAAGAGACGGCUGUCCAUCAGCAGGACGUCUCGGAGGAAGCCAGCGACCCAAAGACGCCCGGCCCUGACGAGGUUGCAGCGUCGCAGCUGACUGGCUUGGAGACCAAUGAGCAGCCGGUUGAGAGCGAGGCCCCGCCCACUGCAGAAAAGUAUUGUGCAGAUUUAUGCCAAUGGGAAGAGUGGUUCAUGUGGAUUUCAAAAGACCCUGAGAAUCCAAACGAGGAGGAAAAGGAGACACCGGAGAGGUCAGAGGUCGUUGAUCCUACGUCCCCUCCUGAAGACCAGAUGACCCCCCCGGAGCCCCCCACUGACUCUGAAACAUUGAUGGCCCCAGCCGAGCAACGGGACCCUGAAGUCUCCAUCAUCCUCAACAUCGAAGACGCCGACGUAACCCUGCCACCACCCAGCCAACCGCCCCCCGAGGAAGAGGAGUCCUGCGAAGCUGCCAAAGCCCCCCCGAGGAAGAAGAAGAAAAAGAAGAGCAAAGAGGAGGCACCGAGCACCGAGUCGUCCACCGUAGAAGCAUCCGGUGAUGCUCCUCCCUCCACCAAGAAGAUGAAGAGAGACAAAAGGAAGGAAGAGGAGGAGGAGGUAGAUCAGAAGAUAGAGGAGGUGGACCCUUCACAGGAGAAGAAGAAGAAGAAGGCUAAGAAAAGGAAGAUGGAGCAAGAGGUGGUGGUGGUGGUGGAAGAAGAGGCUGCUCCUUCAGAGAAGAAAGUCAAAAAGAAAAAGAGAAAAGUAAAAGAAGUGGAGGAGAAGAGCGAUGCAGUGGAAGGGGAGGAGGACCUUGUAAGUCCAGCCAAGACAACAAAGAAGAAGAAGAAGCCGACGUCUGGAGAAACACCAGCAGGGGGCGACACAGACAAGGAGUCCACAGAUAUUUUUUUUAUAGAUAAAAACCCAACGAUCAAAAAGAGCCGGCGUUUCAGGAAGAAACCGAGCCUCACGAAGAGGUUGCAGCUCCGCAAGCAAGAGACGACGAAGAGGAGAAAAAAGCCGGCAGCAGAGGAGACGCCUGAAGGUGACGCCGCCCAGAAGAGCGAGGACUCACCGAAGAAGAAGAAGAAGAACAUUAAAAUGAACGGAGAGCAAGAGGAGAACUCAAAGGAAAACCAGCCGCCAAAGAAGAAGAAGACGAGGAGCUCGGUGACGGAGGAGGAGCAAAAGCAGGAGAGCUCCGGACCUCCUGAGACGGCCUCGACUCCAAAGGAAGGCGAGAAGAAGAAGAAGAAGAUGAAGAUCAUGGCUGAAGAAGGCGAUGAGACGACGGAGAGCUCCGCUUCUGCAAAGAAGAAGAAGAAGAAGAGGAACCGGUCUGAGGAGACGGAACCGGCUGCAGAGGAACAAACUCCUCCCGCUGCUAAGAAAAAGAAAACCCCCAAAAAGAUAAAAAUCGCAUCAGACGAACUCUGAGCAAAUGUCAGAUUCCUCUGACCCGAAACCCCCGAAACAAGACCAUCGGCUUCACCCCCGCUCCCAUAAAAGUGUGUUUCUGAGCCCCCCCGACGCCCCCUUUAACCUCGGAGGCCGAGCUUCCUGCUGCUGUCCUUUGCGGCCCGUUCGGAUCACGUUCAGCACAGCGGUUGUUUUGCCGGUUUGAGGUUGCCAUGGAAACGUGGAGCAGCUGGGUUUAAAUCGGGUGUCACUGGUGAUUCGGGGGUUUAUGGAUCACUGCUACGCUGCAGCCUUCAAUGGAACAAACGCCAUCAGAACUAAUGAACUUCUGUUGGUUAAUAAACUGAUUUCAACACAUAUUUGUAGUGAAAAGGGGAAAAAGUCACGUUCCGUAAAUGGUUUUACUUUUUUUAGUCUAAGCUGUGACAUGAUGUUUGUUCUCAGUGUUUUCUUAAAAAUAACUCUGCCUCCAGGAGGAGAUUCUUCUUCUUACACAAAUAAAAGCCUCCGACAGCUUUGA